UUCAUAAUCAAUAAACUCAAAAUUUUAGAUAUGUCUCCUACAUAGACUCUUGAAUGACUUAAGGCAGAGCAGCUAGCUGGGUCUAUAUAAAGGUAGUAGUGAGAGCAGACUUUCUAUGCCAAGCAGAAAGUGAACGAGCUAGUUGUGCUUUCUAAAUGCACUCUAAUUUGAAGUUUGCAUAACACUUGAAUAAAGGAGUCAUCCAAUACUUCCUAUAAUUAUGGCAACUUCUAAUCAUGUGGAUGAAAAUGGGCAUGAUGAUGGAUACACAAAAGAUGGAACUGUAGAUCUCAAAGGCAAUCCCAUUCUUAGAUCCAAGACAGGUGGAUGGAAAGCUUGCUCUUUCAUUGUUGUAUAUGAAGUGUUCGAACGUAUGGCGUAUUAUGGGAUAUCAUCAAACUUGGUAAUAUACUUAACAGAGAAGUUGCAUCAAGGGACAGUGAAAUCUUCAAACAACGUGACAAAUUGGGUGGGCACUAUAUGGAUGACUCCUAUCUUAGGCGCCUACUUUGCUGAUGCCUUUCUUGGCCGUUAUUGGACUUUCUUGAUUGCCUGUGCCAUUUAUCUCUUGGGUAUGUCUCUACUGACACUAGCAGUAUCAAUCCAUGGCCUAAAGCCUCCUCCUUGUGCCCAUCCAACAGCAACUGACUGCAAAAAAGCAUCCACACUUCAACUAGCUGUGUUCUUAGGUGCACUCUACACCUUAGCCGUCGGCACUGGUGGCACGAAGCCCAACGUAUCGACAAUUGGCGCAGACCAAUUCGACGAGUUUCACCCCAAGGAAAAAGCUCAUAAACUUUCAUUCUUCAAUUGGUGGAUGUUCAGUAUUUUCUUGGGGACACUCUUUGCUAACACUGUGCUUGUGUACAUUCAAGACAAUGUGGGCUGGUCCCUUGGAUAUGGGCUUCCAACAUUGGGCCUUGCUAUAUCAAUAAUGAUAUUUUUGGCUGGAUCACCUUUUUAUAGGCAUAAAAAGCCCAGAGGAAGCCCAUUUACUAGAAUGUCCAAGGUCAUUAUAGCUGCCUUAAGGAAAUGGAAGGUUCAAGUCCCUAGUGACCCAAAAGAGUUGUAUGAGCUUGAUUUGGGAGAAUACACCAAGAAUGGAAAAGUCAGAAUUGACUCCACUCCUACUUUGAGGUUUCUGAACAAAGCUUGUGUAAAAAUUGAUACAACUGAUCCAUGGAUGCCAUGUCCAGUUACUCAAGUGGAAGAAACAAAGCAAAUGCUACGGAUGAUACCAAUCUUGAUAGCUACAUUCCUUCCAAGCACAAUGAUAGCUCAAAUCAACACACUUUUUAUCAAACAAGGCACAACUCUUAAGAGAGACAUUGGUAAUUUCAGCAUCCCUCCGGCUAGUUUAGGUGCUUUCGUUACCAUAUCGUUGCUAGUCUCCGUUGUACUCUACGAUCGUUUCUUCGUGAAAAUCGCCAAAAGAUUGACAAAUAAUCCAAGAGGCAUCAAUAUACUUCAAAGAAUGGGAAUUGGAAUGGCUUUCCAUAUCGUGAUUAUGUUAGUUGCAUCGUUCGUUGAAAGGCAUAGGCUUAGUGUAGCAAAGGACAAUGGCCUAGUCGAAAAUGGGAAACAAGUACCAUUAUCCAUAUUCAUUUUGCUGCCUCAAUUCAUUCUUAUGGGAACAGCUGAUGCAUUCUUGGAAGUAGCCAAGAUUGAGUUUUUUUAUGAUCAAGCACCAGAAGGAAUGAAAAGUUUAGGAACCUCUUAUUCAAUGACUAGUCUUGGUGUUGGGAAUUUCAUUAGUAGCUUCUUGCUUUCGACGGUUUCUCAUAUCACCAAGAAGCGUGGGAAUCAUAGAGGAUGGAUCCUAAACAACCUUAAUGCCUCUCAUCUUGACUAUUAUUAUGCAUUCCUCGCGAUACUCAACUUAUUGAACUUCUUCUUUUUCCUGUUUGUGAGCAAGUAUUAUGUGUAUAAAGCUGAAGUCUCGGAUUCACUGGCUGUGCUAAGGCAAGAAUUGGAGAUCGGAUCGAGACAUCGGGUAACUAAUAGCCAAGAAGGUUCAACCAACGCACAGGUUGCUGGCUCUACAUUAGCCUCCUAACUAACGUACAUUAGUUUUCUUUAAACAUCUUUUCUGUUUUUAGCUAGGUAAUGUACUAUAUGGCUAAGGCUUGGAUCUUCCAAAAAUGCCGCUGCACCAGAGUCAGAUCCUCCAAAAAUGUAGCCUCACCCUGUUGGAUCCUCCAAAUAUUAUGCAUUUUUGGAGGAUCCGACACUGAUGCAUCAAUAUUUUUUGAGAAUCGGAGCAACAUAGCUAUAUGGGGCAAUAGUCUUGUUCACCUCCUUUCUCUUUGUUAUGAUUUUCACACGAUUGCAAUGGUAAUCAGUUAAAUUAUUGUUAUUUCAAGAUA